UGUAUGAUUUUUAUGUAUUACAGUAUGAAAUCAGAGUAGCAUUUGUCGUUCUGGUGUGAUCGUCAUGGCUUCAGAUGUGGUUCCUGUAACAGAAAACCUUUCGGUGUUUUCCAUUGAGAGUAUUUUGGGUUUGGAGGGCAACCGAGCCGGAAACCGCGUGAAACUCCACCGACCUUGGGAUCAGGCAGAGGAGUCGUCAGAUGAGGAGAACAAAUUUUGCCAUUCACGACAUGAUCUCCUUCCUUCCCCAAUGAGUCCUACGUCCAGUUGGUACAUCGGACGGCGACCUCGAAGUGCUUUCACCGACAGCCAAGUGAACGUUCUAGAAGCAGUCUUUCGGGUCAACUGCUAUCCAGGCAUCCACUUGAGGGAACAUCUGGCCAGGAGGCUGGAUCUGGAUGAGGAUCGCAUACAGAUAUGGUUUCAGAACCGACGGGCAAAACUAAGACGAUCACUCAGAGAAAAACAACUGAGAAUGGUUCAGUUGGCUGUGGCGGAUCUUGGGGUCAAGGUUAUAGGUCAGAUCAGGAAGAAUGACCCACAGGCAGAGGUUGACGAAUGAUAUUUCCUGGCCAGAAAUGUGGCAGAAAUUAAUAUUGGGAGUCUUUUAUAACUGUUGUAUGAUGAAUGUGUAUUAAAAUGUUUACGCUUUCAUUGAAGUUUGCAAUUCAUUGUUUGCUCUGGAUCAGUGUGUGUUUAUUUAGUGU